CAGAUUGGAAAUGCAGAUUGCAGAUCUAUGGUUCACUCAUACUGUAUGACUGGCGCCCGUAGCGGGAAGGCCGGGAGACUAAGUGCCUGACUCGCUGGCCCCCGCCAGUGAAAGGAUCCCAAUUUCCACUGUCUUAGAUGGUGAAGGUGGACUGUGGAGGCCUGGAGGGUGGAAUAAGUUGGGGUUACAGUUUACACCACCCCCAGAAAUGAUCUCUUUCUUUCUAUGAGAGUUGUGUACCCUACCCAUUUCCAUCGUGAUAGCCGUCACGACUUCAGUCUUCUGCUGUGUCACCAUGGCCGGUUUGGCUGCCGUCCUGAAGGGCGAACUCAACGGCUCAUGGACUCCCAUCAUCGGUGGAAUUGUUACCUUCCUCGUCGUUUAUUAUGUCGGUGUCGCCAUCUAUCGGCUUUUUCUGAGCCCUCUCGCGAAAUUCCCGGGUCCAAAGUUCGCGGGGCUCACGAGGUGGUACGAAGGUUACUAUGAGAUUAUCAAAAGCGGCUCGUACUCGAGGCGGAUUGAUCGAAUGCACGAUGAAUAUGGCCCCAUCGUCCGCGUUGCGCCCGAUGAGAUCCACAUCCGAGAUCCUGACUUCUGGGAUGAUGUGUACUCGAAGAACCCCAAAAUCCAGGUCGCGAAGAUUGGAUGGGAUACCAGAUUUGGCAGCAAGGCUUCGACGUUCACCACGCCAGAUGCGACGAAGCAUCGUCAACGUCGUGCCGCAUUCAGCAAUAUGUUCUCGAAAAGGGCCAUUCUGCAGCUCGAACCCGUGAUUCGCGAUACAGCCAGCACUCUGAUUCGACGAAUGGUAGAAUUCGCCGAGUCCAAGAAAGUGUUGAAUGUGAGAGAAGCGUAUUCUGCAUAUACUGGUGAUAUUAUCAUGCAGUAUUCGUUUGGAUUCUGUUACAAUCAGCUGGAGACUCCGAAUUUCGAUUCGUUCCACUAUGCCUUUAAAGCUAUAGGAGGAAUGGGUCAUAUCGCAGCCCAGUGGCCCUGGGUUCUCCCGUUAAUGAAUAGUCUACCGGACUGGCUUGUCCAGAUCCUGGAGCCAGCUUCUGCAGAGCUUCUCCGACUGAAACGGGAUCAAUGGGAUCUUGUCGGUCGUACCAUCCGGGGUGAAGAACUCAAGGUGUCGCACCGCACCAUCUUCAAUGAAAUCGUCGAGAGCCAAUUACCUCCGGAAGAUAAAUCUCAGCAACGCCUUGCAGACGAAGCCCAGACGACAGUCGGAGCCGGUGUUGAGACCACGGCGAACACGCUGUCUAUCGCGACCUUCCACAUCUCCAACACGCCCAGCAUCUACGAGAAGCUCCACAAGGAGCUUGUCGAAGCCUUUCCCGACCGGACCGUUGUCCCCAGCUUGUACGACUUUGAAAAGCUGCCGUAUCUUCGCGCUUGCAUCCAAGAAGGGCUACGCUUGGGUUACGGACUGUCUGCACGGAAUCCACGUGCUCAUGACCGUCCGCUGCGGUACAACGAUUGGGUCAUCCCUGCACAUACCACCGUGGCCAUGACCAUCGUAGACUUGCAUCAUGACGAAAAGAUCUUCCCGCAGUCGCACUCGUAUAUCCCAGAACGGUGGCUGAAUAACCCAGUGGCGAGCACUGGCAAAGCGCUCGAUCACUAUUUGGUUCCGUUCGGAAGAGGACCGCGGAUGUGUAUGGGAAUCAAUCUCGCAUGGGCGGAGCUGCACUACUGCCUUGGAACGGUCUUCCGCCAGUUCAAAUUCGAUCUGUUCGAAACAGAUGUCACCGAUGUGAAAAUGGCCCACGAUUUCUUCAUCCCGUUUGUCAAAUUUGAUAGCAAAGGCGUACGAGUGACAGUGUCUGAGACGAAGGACUGAAGAACUGAUUUUGACGACAUACACCUAGCAAGUGGAUACCCCCUAUUUUUGACUUCUUCAUGUUUGUAUUUGCGGAUGGCACCAUCGGCCCACGAGAAACGGAUUCUGUCCCCUUUUUGCUUUACCCCUAUUUCACACCAUUCGAAUCUGUUCA